UGACUCUAGUCGAAAGCGACGUGUUACCGCGUUGCGUGUGUAUAUCUGGUUAUAUCCCUUGUCAAAAAGUUUAUUAGGUUGUUUUUUUUCUUCAUGUCACGGUUGUGAAAAUAAGUAACAGGAUUUACAUAUUCGUGAAUAAUAACGCCAAGUAUUUUGUAUGCCUCCUUACACAGCGUUCAAGCUUAUAAGCCUAACAUGAUCAAAUUAUUUUCGUUGAAACAAGCGAAAAAAGAUGGCGAAUCACCCAAGUCAGGAACGCAGAAAAAGGCAUCCGCGGCACAGCUGAGAAUUACAAAAGAUAUAAAUGAACUUAAUCUUCCAAAAACAUGUGGUACAGAGUUCCCCGACCCUGAUGACUUGCUAAGUUUUAAGUUAAUAAUCUGUCCGGAUGAGGGCUUUUACAGAGGUGGCAGAUUCACAUUCAGCUUUAAGGUCGGACCUAAUUAUCCGCACGAACCUCCCAAGGUCAAGUGCGAAACUCAAGUUUAUCACCCAAAUAUUGAUUUGGAGGGUAAUGUGUGUUUGAAUAUUCUGAGAGAAGAUUGGAAACCGGUUCUCACCAUCAAUUCCAUCGUCUAUGGUCUCCAGUAUCUCUUUCUGGAACCGAAUCCAGAAGAUCCACUAAAUAAAGAAGCUGCUGAGGUUUUACAGAAUAAUCGUCGUGUUUUUGAGCAAAACGUUGCUAAGGCUAUGCGCGGAGGUUACGUAGGGUCGUUUUACUUUGAACGGUGUCUCAAGUGAUACCAAGCUGGUAAGACAACAUUGUACGCGUUACUUUGGAGACUCGCUUCGAGAGAAGAUGUUACGAAACCACAACAGCCAUCGCCGCUACGACGACAACAACAACAGCAGCAGCAACAGAAUAAUAAUAAUAAUAAUGAGGGACGACGUCGGGUGCUCGUUGUCUCGUGUAAAUCCGCGCUAUACAUACUUACUUUCUUUACAUCUUGCCAGGCCUCCAAACACUUGAUCCAUCAAGUUUUUUAUGCUUUUGCCCAAUAAAAAAAAAGAAUUAUCCAACGAAACGAUAAUGUCAACGAGGAGGGUCGAUUUUUUUGACAUCGACACUUCGUAUUUCGGUGAUUAGACGUUCUUGAUAGGAAGGAAUAUUAAAUGAUAAUAACAAUAAAGAAAAAGCAAAAACGUGAAAUUUUCGUGGUUUAGUUCGCGGCACGCAAAGUACGUGGGCCUGAGCAAGAAUGCCAAAGAAUACAUCAAUGACGUUUUAUCACAAUUGUUGCACAUGGUAUCGACCUUUAUCGAAUAACAAUCAUCUCCACUCACGAGUUUUCGUAAUUCGUUCUCUUUAAUCUCGUUCAUUGUAGAUUAUAUUGAUAUCAUUUAACAGUUAUGAAUUUAGAUAGAUAUGCAUGGACGCAGCAUCAGUUUACGUACAUUUUUAUUCGUCCAUGUAUUUCAUGAUGAUUCGAUUUCUGCUGAAGGUAAAACUUGAAAAACACCUCGAGAUUUUGCCUCGCGCAAUCCGGAAAGUGCCUCUUGUUUAUAUUCAGUAUUUACUGAGGUUUUUUCGACUACCGGGCCACAGAAAUUGGUAGAUGUUUUGAUGUUUUUUCGUUUAUAAUACACAACACGUUUAGUAGAUUAGUGAAAACAACAAACCGAAGAUGAUUAAAUUAAUUAUAAUUUCGUUGUUUUCCAACGAUGUAAGAUCUUCAUCCCUAAUGAGCUUGUACACACGCAUAAAUUCACGCAUACCAAUCGAUCCGUACAAUAAUCGUACUUCAACAUAUAAAGACCGCGAAGUUUCGACUCUCGACGCAUUUUUUCAAGCCAUUCAGAUUAUUCGAAUAUCUAAAAUAUCGUUAUUAAGAAAGGGCUGCUCCGUACACUUUUGACAUUCGCAAUGAUCGACGUUUCUGGUGGCCAAGAAAUCGUACUGUUUCAGUCCAGAAAUCCUGGUUGCAUUAUUAUCAUUAUUAUUAUUAUUAUUAUUGUCAAAUGAAUGAAGAAUAAAUGAAAGAGGGAGCAAUCGCCCAGGGUUACGUUCUGAAACUUUACUUGAGUUAACCGUCGUUAACUCUCGACGUUAAGAAAUACCGAGUUGCCUCAUGUUUAUUGUAACUGUAUAACUAACUCGAGUUAAGUAUCGUUAACUCGAGUAACUACUCAAAACGCGCCCAAAAGGUUGGGGGUUUCGAAACUCGUUGUUGAGAUAAAUUCGAUUGUUUCAUCACUGCGGUUGUAAACGACGAAGGUAUGCAGAGAAGAAGGGGCUACUACUGAUGGAAGGAAAAUCAAUUGAAAUUAUACGUUUGGAUUGGUGAUUUUAGUUAUGUUGGCGAUUAACGAAUACAGUUUUCUCUGUUCCCCGGUCACUUGGGAUAUUGAUCGAUUUCGUAAAUAAUUGAAUGCAGACAAAAUAACGCGAGGAAGGCUUGCAUAACGAUCGAACAGGAGGGGGGAGUUGAGAAACGACGCACGACGUGACGUCUCAAAUAUUAAUGGAUUGUCGAACUAGAGAAGGCGAGGGACGAAAAGGGCGAGGGCAAAUAGUGUUUAUUCUUUGGCGAGUUUCCAAAAUGUGAGGCGAGAAUAAAUAAAGUUAUUAUAAGAAUUUCUUAGGUAUGACAAUAGAGCGACAAAAUUGGAAUUAUUGUGAUCGCCGCGUCGUUGGACCUCGCGCGUCUUGAUUAUUUAUUGAUAUUAGAAAAAUGCACUCGCCCAUCGACUGCUAGUUAUAUAAAUAUACGAGAAGAAUGAAGAAAGUCGAAUAUCAUCGAGCGGAAUAUGUACCUUCGGAGACGCGUUUAGAAAAAUAAAAAGUCUCAGCAGUGAAAGAAAAGAACAUAAAAUCUCCAUGUUUUCAACCUAAGUUCAUUAUCGGUAACAAAAGGAUAAGCUUUUUGUUCGCACCAUUUGAAAGAAAAGCUUAUUCCCAUUGAAUCUCAAACCAUUGCAAAUUCCUGGAACAACAAGAUUUGCAUUGAUUUCGAAGGCAGAAUAUUAUGAAUAAUUAUAUUUAGAUGCGGAAAUACAUAAAGAACAAUUGCCUGAAUGAUAAACUAAUUUAUUCUCGCGAUUGUUUUAAGAAUUUUGAAAUGUUGCUUUCUUAGUUUUCAAAGCGGAAAACAAUCGUGAAAAUGGUAUGAAUACAUAAUGAGCGUACACGUGCUGGAUCUCAGAGAGUCGACGUUGAUUCUCGUUAUUUUGUAUGCCCCAUUUGUUCGUAGAUAUAAUUUUUUCAUAUUUUUCGCAUGUUCAAAGUAUUAACUUGUAUAUCAACAAGGGAAUACGACGUAAUGAAGGAGUAUUGGGAAAAUGCUCGAUUUACGUGUAAGAAAUGUAAAGGUUUCGGUAUAAUAAAUUACGAUUUAAGGUCA